AACCAUUGGGAUUGAGCUGCGCCUUGCGCCACUCAGUGUCCUCUUGGAAACAUCAUUCCUAGAAGAGAAGUUUGUUUUUUUUCCUGCAACGACGUUAUGCAAGAAGAUCGCCGUUCACUGGAUCGAGAAUAUUUACUUUGAUAGGCAUCUCUUUUCGGUGGAAAAGCCAGCGUGGCUACAGUUUGCAGUGGACGGGUAGAAUCCACACUAGAGAUGGAUUUGGUGACAUUUGCAGUGUCUUUCCACAUUCUUGUGAGUCCUGGGUGGGCUACGUCCCAUCACUCCUUCAUGGACAGAUCCUUCACAUCUCACUCAGUCCUCAAGUUGCUGGAUAAGCCAAUGAAGUUUGAGCCCUGUUGUCUGAUGUCCCCACCUCCUCCUCCACUCUUCUCACCACGCCCACCUCAGCUCUGGAAGCAGGGCAAACCUGAUGGUGACAGCGUGCUCGUGCCGGCAGUGUUUCGAGGAGAGGCGCAGCAAAAUGAACUUCCGCUGAUACCGAGGUGCCCAGCUGGGUCACCGGGACCCCGUGGCCCAGAGGGUGACAGUGGCUUGCCUGGCAUACGGGGACCAAAAGGGGAAAAGGGAGAAAUUGGACGUCCAGGGUCAAAGGGACGUACUGGAGCGCCGGGUCUUCCAGGGAAACAAGGACUUCCAGGAUGGCCUGGUCCACAGGGACCCGUGGGUGAAAAAGGAGACCCAGGACUCAUGGGACUACCAGGACUGAGGGGACCCCCAGGACGGAAGGUAAGCACCCAAUUUGCUUUUUUAAAAUUGAUGAUUCAUUAUUAUAUUUCUCUUUUCUCAAAGGGUAUGCCUGGUUACAGAGGAGAGAAGGGGGAUAGUGGAAGCCCAGGAAUAGCAGGAUCAAAAGGUGAUAAAGGCACCACUGGUUUGCCUGGAAUGCUCGGUCAGAAGGGUGAACAAGGACCAAAGGGAGAGACAGGGGUCCCAGGCAAAAGAGGACCCACUGGGCGACCUGGGAAGAGAGGCAAACAGGGAGAAAAGGGAGAAACUGGAGCAUCAGGACUUAUGGGCAAACCUGGUCCCCUUGGUCCAAAUGGCCCACCCGGUCCACCCGGUCCACCAGCCGCUGGUCUCUAUCUAGCAGGGGAAAAGGGUGAGAAGGGUCUUCCUGGCCCACCUGGUCGCUGUGAGUGUGACACUUUUCUAUUAGCGAACAAUGCUCCUUCUGGAAGCUACACACAGGAGGAGAUCCCCAACCAAGUCCCCGCCAUAUUUGUGGUGAGAAACGAGGAGGAGCUGGGCCGUCUACAUCUGGAUCAUGCGAUAGCAUUCAGGAAGGAUCAGAAGGCACUCUACUUUCGAGAUAAAGAUGGAUGGAAGCCCAUACAGCCCUUCCAGCAAUUCCAGUCUACUGAGAAAGUACCAGACAGAGUCGGUGUGUGCGGAGAUGGGAAGGUGCAGCCACAGGAUGGAGAGGAAUGUGACGAUGGAAACCAAAUUGUCACCGACUCUUGUCUGAACUGCAAAUGGGCCUAUUGUGGAGAUGGUUAUCGACAUGAAGGCAUGGAGGAGUGUGAUGGAAAAGACUUUGGCUAUCAGACAUGCAAAUCCUAUCUUCCUGGAUCCUUCGGACAGCUCAGAUGCACCGAGUCCUGCGUCAUCGAUUCCACCGGCUGCAAAUACUUCACCUGAGCUGGACACACGGUGCAAACUUUGUUUUCAUCAUUCAAGAGGAAUUCUACUUCAGAUUUCACUUGAAGUCUCACCUCAUGUCCCUGAAUAUUACUUGAUGGACUGAGAGAGCACCAACAGGAGUCUCCUCUGCUCUGUGCCAUGACAUGAAGAAUGGGAGUCAGCUAUUGGAUCAGCUGUUGAUUAUUUUGUUGGCCUCGGGGAUCUGCCACACACGCUAUGGUGGGAAACACUUCAAUGAUUGUAUGAAAUUAUUUGCUGACUGUUAUUACAGACAUAGGCUGAGCAUCUUUGAUAACGAGAGAGAGAAAAUGCCUUUUCCAAAGGACUAUAAUAUUGCUACUACAGUAUGCAGAAUGCUUUAAUCAUGUGCAAUACAUUAGACAUCAUAUAUUUAUAAGGUGAAAUAUUGUGUUAUUGCAUGGAAAUGUGUUCCAUCCGAGCUGUAAAUAGAGUAGCCAAAGUAUUAACCUUUUGAAAUGAAUGUCUAAAUAUUUGAUAACGCAAAAGAGCAAAACAGUAGCAUGACAAAACACAUUGUCACACACACACGCACACACACAUUAACCCGUCCAUACUGAUCACUUUCCAUGCACGUAGUAUAUUCCAGGUCAAUUUUGACCCGGGGCAAGAAUAUCAUUAUAAUAAUUGUCUAUAUCAAAUGAUGACCUAUGGAUAUUGUCAAUGUGUAUUAAU